AGCUCGCGAGAUUUGCCUGGUUCCGCAUUUCGGCUCUGCGAGGUGGGGGAGGCGGGCACAGCGGUGAGCAGGGCCUGGUGGCGUCUAGACACCGGCUCGGAACAGCGGCGGUCGAGCUUUCGCUGUCAGCGAGCUGAGGACCGUCCGAUCCCUUUCACCGGCUCCGAAUCCUGACUGGGGUGGGGGCCAGAGGCCCCUCCCCUGUCCUUUGAGGACCGAAAAUGAGCUUCCUCUUCAGCAGCCGCUCUUCUAAAACAUUCAAACCAAAGAAGAAUAUCCCUGAAGGAUCUCAUCAGUAUGAACUCUUAAAACAUGCAGAAGCAACUCUAGGAAGUGGGAAUCUAAGACAAGCUGUUAUGUUGCCAGAAGGAGAGGACCUCAAUGAAUGGAUUGCUGUUAACACUGUGGAUUUCUUCAACCAGAUCAACAUGUUAUAUGGAACUAUUACAGAAUUCUGCACUGAAGCAAGUUGUCCAGUCAUGUCUGCAGGUCCGAGAUAUGAAUAUCACUGGGCAGAUGGUACUAAUAUUAAAAAGCCAAUCAAAUGUUCUGCUCCAAAAUACAUUGACUAUUUGAUGACUUGGGUUCAGGAUCAGCUUGAUGAUGAAACUCUUUUUCCUUCUAAGAUUGGUGUCCCAUUUCCCAAAAACUUUAUGUCUGUGGCAAAGACCAUUCUAAAGCGUCUGUUCAGGGUUUAUGCCCAUAUUUAUCAUCAGCACUUUGAUUCUGUGAUGCAGCUGCAAGAGGAGGCUCACCUCAACACCUCCUUUAAGCACUUUAUUUUCUUUGUUCAGGAGUUUAAUCUGAUUGAUAGGCGUGAAUUGGCACCUCUUCAGGAAUUAAUUGAGAAACUUGGAUCGAAAGACAGAUAAAUCUUUCUUCUAGAACACAGUUAUCCUCUUGCUUCAUCUCCUGCUAGAGCUAUUUCAUUGCUAUCUAUUAUAGACUAGUGAUACAAACUUUAACAAAACAAGAUAAAAACAUACAUUGUCUACUGAUAAAAUUGUCCCAAAGGUAGGUUGGACUAAUAGCUUCAGCGUGAGACUUUUAAGGCACAGCCAAAUUUGAUGUGUACUAUGUAAUCACUCCUGUUACUGUCGCAGUCAUACUUGUUUGUAAUAUGGGACGACUAGCCUGUAGUUUGUUUCCUUAUGAUUCUUUUCCUCAAGAAAAUGAUUGAGUCUGUUUCAGGUGAUGGCAUAGUGGACUUUAAGAAUUUCCACCAAUAAUUUAUGAGUAAGUUUCCAGGACAAAUUUCCUAAUAACACAAUCAGAUUGAUUUUGUUAUUUUAUAAAUAGAAAAUGUGUUUUCAAAUUAACCUUAAGAUUUAGAAAGUAUCACUUUGAAUAACAUUUUAGUUUGAAGUUUGUAUGCUAGUAUUUUUAUGGAUAAGAUAUACAUAUAUUUUUUCAAAAUCCAUGAUUGUAGUUUAAAUCAUUAUAUGGCACAUGUGAAUGGGAAUAAGCAGAACUAUUUUCAAAGUGACUUAUUUUUUAAUCUUUAUUUGGAAUUUUAUCCACACCUAUCUAAAUUAUUAGGACUCUGUGUGUGUGUAUCAGAAGUAAUUUUUUUAUAGCUUCUGAGGAUGGUCUUAUAGGUUUUUAUUUUGAAAGGCUUUAUUCAAAUUAAUUUAAUAUGUAGCUUUUGGCUAAGAAAAAGAAAACUUCCUCCAAAAUAUGACAAACUUAGGCCUCAGUGCCAUUAUUUUCCUUCAUAUUUUUUUUCAGAUGCCUUGAAAUUCUGGAUAAGAGAAUGGAACAAAUUACUCAGAGUACUUGAUUAUUUUGUUUGCUUUUAUUACAAAAUUACUUCUAUGUUUUUAUUGUGACUUGAGCCUUAUCUAAAAGUAGUGGAGAAAUGCAUGAACUUUAUCCCAACAAGGAUAAGACUUAAGGAAAACCACAAAUAAGGAACCUUGAAGGUGUACACAUUUUGUAACACAGCUAACAGUUUGGUGUGCUGCAGAUUCUUUAGAGAGAGAGGGUGUGUGUCUGUGUGUGUGUGUGUGUUUAUAGGAGACAAAAUGGGAGGAAUAAGUUAAAAAAAAAAAAAUCUUCCUUCAUUUUGUUAAUAUUCAAAGGAUGGAUUGAGCUCCCAUAGGGGUUUUAUCCAGUUUUAAUUGUUUUUGAAAUUCUUCUAUUUCUAUUGGGACAAAAGAACCUUCCCCUUUAGUGAAGAAAACACAUCUAUUUUUCAUUUGGCUCCUCGGAUUUAGUAAACUGUAGCUGGCUAUUUAAAUAUACUGUGUCUCAAUAAGUUAUACUGGAGGACUUACCCGACUGGCAGAGCUUUUAAGUUCAUGAGCAUUCUGUUUCAGAGUUGUGGGUUUUCCAAAGUACUCAUCAACCUCCUUGAUGCUUUAAUAAAGGUUAGUUUGAUAGGAUUCUGUUAUUUUUUUAUUCCACUAGACUAUAAAGAAAAGAAUUGCUUAGAAACUCCAUUCUCAAUUUCAAUCAAUUCUUAAAUAUACACAGAAUUUUAAAGGAAAUAAAACAUUCAAUCUAAUUUAGGCUGAAACUAUUACAUCACUGAGGAAUUGAAGAAUGGGAUGAUCACUUAAGAAAAAAAGAGAAAAGCCCUCCAUGAAAUAUUCCAAAAUCCAUGUUUUAAGCUUAUUCAAAGUCCCAAAUUCAGCCAUUUCUGCAUGUUUAUGUUGAUCAUUUGUGAAACAAGAAAGCAGAUUUCUAGAUAGCACCUAGCAUGUAACUGCCUUUUCAACGCUAAAUUCUGUUGGCUUUACUUUUUUUUUUAAGUCUGCAAGGAACAAAUUUAUGUUUCUCAACUGGAGUUGUACUUUUAAUCAUCAUUUCUGAUAUUUCAAAAGAGUUUUCACUUUACUCCAUUUAUUUUCAGUGGUGGAAAUCCUCCCUUCAUGACUAGGCUCCAAAACAAACCAAAGAUGAUCACAUGCUAGGACAGUAGUAAAGGCAGCUUAUAAAUGGGACAUAAAUCAAAAAAAUUGUUGCUAAUUUUGAAACUAAGAAUGUCCUUUCAAAAAAAUAAAAACAUAACCAGGUUCCCAAACCAGUCUGGUGUAAGCAACAAUGUACCUAAACAUUAGGGUCAAUAUUAUUUGUUUACUUCUAAGGCCAUGGAGUAGAGAGCAGAAGGAGAACUGGAGGAAAGGGACAGAAUAAAAAGGGGAUGGCACCUUCCUGACUUGGCUGGGGGCCACGAGUUUGAAGAAAUCAGUCUCUCUUACUGACUGCUUUUGAUUGAUCUCCCCAUGCCCAAGGUCUGCCGGCUCCACAGCACUUGUUCCCCUUCCCCUCCUAAUCAGAAGACAGCUCCUCUAGGUGUCUGAUCUCUACUGCUUACACAUGAUUACAGUCAAGGAGUGGAGAGUGUCUGCUAAAUUAGACAGUUGAUCCUAUGGUGCUUUAAUUUUCAGGCAUUUUUAAAAACUUGGACAAUGAUGUACAGAUUUUUUUUUUAAUAUUCAAACUUUCCUAUACUAGAAUUUGUGUAUUGACAGCCAAAUGUAUCCUUUAUUCUCUUUUCAGAUUGUGAAUAAAGUGAUUUUACAGGGCUGCCAGCUAACAAAAUAUUCCUUUCUUCAUAGAUUGUAGAGCCCUAGCUCAUACACCUGCUUACUUGAGAAAUGCAAAUUUGUAUUCACCAUGACUUUAAUAACAAAGAUGAAGUUUUUCUAGUAGUUCAGAGGCAAGAUAAACAAUCCUUUUAGAAAUGUUAUAGUUUUCUGAUUAUCCUCGUGGGCUUCUCUCUAAUCAGUAAGAUUACACUCGAAAUAGAGCUUCUCUAACAUGAUGUCAUUACCUCAUAAUCAUUAACAAAUUGGGCCCAAAGAGCCCCAAAUAUAUCAGUCCUAGAAAUGUGUUUCUAAGCAGCCCUAGUCAUGGUGCUACUGCUUCCUUGUCACAGGAGACUGUCUCCUGUCUGUAUGAAACCUUGGCCUGAAAAAUGCUGGCAUUGACAUCAAACAUUGAGCACCUUCAAUAGGCAAAUUACCCUCUCCCAAGUUCAGUUCAGAAAGUGGAUUUGUUUUCUACUAUUGUAGAAUUCUGGCAAAGAGGGAAAAUAGUAGUCCUUUGGUUAUCCUAUUUUGCAUUCAGUUUUGAUAUCUUGUACUGUAAAAGGCUUUGGAGGACGAUACUGCAUGUGGUAGCAGUAAUUUUAUUAAUGCAACUGCACUGAAAUUCACUUCAGUUGUCUCUCAUUAUCAGAUACUAUUCCAAACAAGUAUUCUGUAAACCCAAAGCAAUUACCAGUUUGCUAUAGACCUAUUAUAGAACAACAUUCUUUGGUCUACAUUAAAAAUAGUUUUGCAUAAGUUAGUCUUGGUUACCAUCUAAAAUAUUUUUAAAUGUUCUUUACAUAAAAAUUUAUGUUGUAUUUUUAAACCUUUUAGGGGCUUUAUCUAUUUUUCUAAGUCAGUUAACUGUACUUUUAAAGAAAGUAUUUUUUAUCUACUUUUGUAACUUCAUCAGAAUAAAAUAUAUUGAAAGCAAAA